UAAUCUUAAACAUUUAUAAAACAUAAAAAUGUAUUUAAAAGUAGUUACAUAGAAAUACACUUUAUAUUACAAUAAGAUUAAUUAAAAAAUUUAUAACGGUUUCGUAUUUUUAUAUCUAUAAUCUAAACGAGCGCGGAAGAUAAAAAAAUUUAUCAAAUACGAUUACAUAUUAUUAAUAAAUGUGAAAUUGUGCAUUUCUUGCCAUGAGUUCUAUAGAGGAAAAUUGUUUUGAGGAUAAAGAAAUUGAAUUAUUUAAUUCGAGUAUAUUGGAACAUUUAUCUUUAUCACACAUCGAAGGUUUAUUAAUUAGACCUUUAAAAUCUAAAGAUUAUGAUAGAGAUUUUCUUCAACUUUUGACUCAAUUGACUGAAGUUGGAAAUAUCAGUAGAGAACAAUUUUUAAACCGUUUUCAUAUGAUGAAAGAUACUGGUAGCUAUUAUACUAUUGUAAUAGAAGAUGUAACCAUUGGAAAAAUAGUAGCAAGUGCAACAUUAGUUGUAGAGCAAAAAUUCAUUCAUAAUUGUGCACUGAGAGGACGUUUAGAAGAUGUGGUAGUAAAUAAUAAAUACCGUGGUAAACAUUUAGGAAAAUUGGUAGUUAAAAUCAUACUGCAGUUAUCAAAUUAUUUACAAUGUUAUAAAUUAUCAUUGGAUUGUAAAGAUCAUCUUAUACCAUUCUAUGAAAGUUUGGGUUUCAAACGUGAGCCUAAUAAUGCUAAUUAUCUGAAUAUGAGAUUUUCUAUUGAAGACACUGCAAAAAUAUUGCAUUUAUGACAAUAAAAAAAAAA